CAUGCUGAGUGAUGCUUGCACCAAGCUGCAGGAACAGAAAAAAUCACUAACAAAGGAAAAGGAGGAGCUUGAGGAAUUGAAGGGUGAUAUCCAGGAAUAUAAUGAGGAUUUGCAAGAGAUAAAAGAGCUCUCUAAAACUGGCCAGGAAGAGGUAGUGGAAGAGUCAAAGGCAAGCAAGCGAUUGACCAAGAGGGUGAACCGAAUGAUUGGUCAGAUAGACAAAAUUAUUAAUGAAUUAGAGACAAAUCAAAAGACAGUGGAUGUAAAGCUGGACGGUGGUGAUAGUCCUUCUGCUGGGGAGAAUCUCAUUAGUAUUGCUGAGCUAAUUAAUGUGAUGAAACAAAUUCAGAAGAUUCCAGAGGAGAAGCUAACUAGGAUUGCAGAGGCACUAGAUGAAAACAAAGAUGGCAAGAUUGAUAUAGAUAAUGUUGUUAAGGUAGUAGAACUGAUUGACAAAGAAGAUAUUGAUAUUGGCACCAGUCAGGUUGCUGAGAUUAUGGCACUGCUUCAAAAAGAAGAAAAACUGGAAGUAAAAGAGAAAGCAAAGGAAAAGCAUGAUAAAGAAGCUGUGGAAGCAAAGAAUUAAGCUUCAGAAUCUGAAGCUAAUCCCAAUUGUAACCAAAACCUUGUAUAUCUUUCUGUGUCUAAUGGCUACAUAUUACUUGAGCUUCGUCAUUAUGGGAGGUGUUUUGAGCUGAUUCUAGUAAUAAAUCGUAGAUAUGUUUUCUGA